AUGACCAACAACCCAAGAAUAAAUACUCUCACCUUCCUUUCUACUAUUACGACUUCGAGCAACGAGCCUCUAUAUACCGUCAGCAGCAGUAGAAGAAGAUACAAAGUCGGCGUUAGGCACGUCCAAACACGAUAUACGCACUACUACGACUUAUCUACAAUGGAAAUUUAUUAUUUCAAUACUCCCUUCUACUAUUACGACUUUGAACAACAAGCGUAUAUGGUGUAUUAUAUACCGUCAGGCCAGGGCGUCGAAGCAACAACAGCAGUAGAAGACAUAAAGUCGAGUUCAAACAACGAUUUUGCGCACAUAUGUAUAAGAUAUUCAAAGUCUACCUUCUACUAUUACGACUUUGAACAACAAGCUUAUAUACCGUCAGGCCAGGGCGUCGAAGCAACAACAGCAGUAGAAGAUAUAAA